AUGUCUUCAUCGCAAGAAGAGCACUGGCUGGAUCAAUACGGCAACCAGGACAUCUAUCAGUGGCGAAGUCGCGAGAUCGGCAACAGAACGACAUACUACCGCCCACUCGGACUGGUGGAAUUCUCUUUCGAUGCCGACGGUCGAUACUACGAAGGCCGAGCGGACAUGAACGCGCAACUGGACCUCGAGGUCAAAUGUACGCUGUCGAAGGAGGAUUUUCGAGAACGAGUGCUCUUCGCCUGGACCUGUCUCCGAUGCAAACAUCUCCUCUUGCAGUCCAAGGCGGUGCCGACCAAGCGGUUCUACGAGCGUGAAAACGUCGCUUCAUCAAACAUCUGUUUUGCAGUCGACCCAGGGCGAACGGUAACGCAGGCGAUUGAGGAUGCGGGCCAGCAUCUAGUUUUUCUGAACGACCACUUCGACCACGUAGACCCGUUCGACUUCUGGGUCCACUGCCAGAAUACAAAAAGGAUACUCGACCCCGAGAAAGCGUUGGCUCGCUUCUACGUUUUCCCUCUCGAGCCGCUGCCCAAUGGACGACAUGUGCUGCGCUUCCUCAAAGUCGGAGCGCACCAGAUUGAAGACGGCUUGACCACGUACAACUGGAUGACAAGUUUCAUUGACUUCCUCAAUCAGCCCGUGACGGAGCUGCGACAGCGAUUACGCGAGCUUCUCCUUCCCGAGGACUUGUACAGACGGCUACCGCCGCCACAAGAAUCGCAGUACCCUGCCGUUCGGGGCAACAGAGCUCGACAGCGAUGGUUUUGGCUCCUCACUCGCAUCCUCCGACAUGUGCGCAAGCCUCUCCCGGCGGGAUUCGACAAUCCUCUCCGAAAAGACAAGCCACGUUCUGAAGCCGUUGUUUUCCCGUGGACUUAUCACCCGAUUCUCGAUUACAGCAGUCCACCAAUGCUCAACUCCAUCUCCCUGUUCGCCGGGAUUCCACUGAAAGGCACACAAAGACUGCACCGAAUCUGCCGUUCGGCCAAAGCGAGCAUUGGGGCGGGAUGCUUUGCGUUGGCCGCGCUGAUUAUGCAGGAGAUGUACGAGGAGCGCGAGCCACAUGUGCCUUUGCAUGAACGCAAGCCGUUCAUCAGUGGCUUCCCUCUCAAUCCGCGAGCAUUCUUUAACCACAACGUCCCUCCGGACAGUCUGAUGUUGGCUUUCAGCGACGGCAUCUCGCUUCCUUUCCUGCCUUCACACCUUGACGUCGAGGGGAGACUACGAAUACUAGCCCGGCAGGCCCACCGGCAACUCUCCACAUACCAGAAGCGGCCGAACCCCAACGCAGACGAGGCGAGUCUGCAAUACAUGGGCGCCAGAGGGACUGGUCGGAUGCUGCCCAUCCUGUACGUGUCAGCCAUAGCUCGGGCAGACACGAAUCUGCCCGAGCAACAUCGCAGAGGAGUUGACCCACAAGGCGCCUUUCCCAUGAGACCGAACGCGACCAUGCAAACGUGCGGGGUGUCGUCUGUGGGACGACGAGAGAAUCUCAUCCAGCGAGACAGGUAUGAUUUGGAGGAUGAUGGAAAGCCAUUCGUAGCGGAUUAUCGCAACAUCUAUGCCUCCGUACGGCCGCGUGAGGAUGAGUUCCUGGUGGGAGUCGGCGGCGAUUAUGAUGGAAUCUGGGUAAAUUGCUCCAUAGACGGGAACUCGAUGGAUCCUCGUCGGGUGGAGCAGUGGAAGACCAGGUUCGAGACGAUGCUUGAUGGAGGGGAGGUUGGUGGCGGCUCUUCGAAGCUUUGA